UACGAAGCAAUCUUUAUCUACACUGCGAGUGCCCUGAAAGUUUCACUGGUAAUGUACAACCUCGCUCAAGGUUCUCGAGCAUGAUGGGUAUGCUACCCAAAACGAUGUGGUCAUGGUCUAUUCAUGCAAAUGGUGAGCCUCGGGAGGCCUUGAGAUUGUCGCAGGUUCCUUUGCCGCCAUCGCCCUCAGGCUCCAAUCUACUCAUUAGAGUAACGCAUGCUGCGAUCAAUCCGGCCGAUACCUCACUGUUUGAUGCGUGGAUCCCUUUUCGAGGCCGCCCCGGCUUCGAUUUCAUCGGGUCGGUGGUUGGUGUAGGUCCUAAAGUUCCUGUUCAAAUCAAGCGAUUGAUGUCCGGCAUGGAAGUUGUUGGCGCCUUGGGCUUGAAUCAGAUUCUUUGGGGAGCCGGUACGUUGGCCGAGUAUGUGCAGGUUCCAGUAGACCUGGUUGCGCUAAAGCCGCCAAAUCUGACAACGGAGCAAGCGCUUGGAUGUGGUAUAGCGGGCCAAACAGCUGUCAUGGUUAUGCGGGAAGCAGGCGAAGUGAAAGGAUCAAGAGUGCUCGUGAACGGUGCAAGUGGUGGUGUUGGAACUAUAUUAGUUCAAGUUUUGAAAGCAAAAGGAGCUUAUGUCGUCGGAAUUUGCUCCAAGCGAAACGAAGAUCUUGUGAGGCGCUUAGGAGCCAAUGAGGUGAUCGACUACACAGCACGUGACGAUCUGUACCAUUUUCUGGCGGAUGCAUAUUCGAAUGAGCAACUGGAUCUGGUCAUUGAUUGCGUGGGUGAUGACGCUUUGUUCACCAGAUCACCCGCAUACUUACUCCCAACUGGAAGAUUUAUCGAAGUGGUUCCCGGUCGAACGCGUGGUAUCUAUCCAUUCCUGAUGAAUCAGCUCCGCCCUGUUUUCCUUGGUGGUACACCGCGACAGUACAAGAUUCUUGGUCUUGCACCUUCUGGCAGGUAUGCCCACGAACUGGCUCAGUGGAUCGAGGACGGCAAAGUGAGGGAAAUCCUCGUUGACUCGGAAUAUGGAAUGAAAGACGUCGUACGCGCCUACGAAAAGUUAAUGACCAGGAGGGCAACGGGCAAGAUCGUCAUUAAAAUCCAAGACUGAAGUCAUUUUAUUCAUAAAAGAUGUGUUUGCAAGGACACAGGCCUGAGACGAAAGUUUUCUGGUGGUGAUUAGUGAGGGUUUGGAGCUUUAGUCUCUUUAAAAACCUCUUGCUAUUUCGCAAUUGGACUCGACAACAUCAAAUAGGUAUUGAAACUAGCAACCAAAUCUGGGAGGCACGUGUCCAGACACGAAGUCGUAAGACAAAGUCGUGAUUUGCAGACACCAGCAAUA